AAUCCUGCGCUGGGCGGGGGUCGGGGGGUCGCGAUUGGAGCUCGUGGUUUGGACCGGGGGUCGCGACAGGCGCCCACCGCCCCCCCUCCGUGACCAUGUCAGGCGAAAACACCCCUGCAGAGGAUGGGCAGGAGCUGCAGCAGAACGUGGUGAGCCGGGUGGCCAACCUGACCCUGGUGAGCUGUGCCUGCGGGGCCGUCUCCAGCGCCUACGCCUCCACCAAGCAGAGCCACCCCUACGUCAGGUCCGUCUGCGACGCCGCCGAAAAGGGGGUGAAGACCCUGACGGCAGCAGCGGUCAGUGGAGCCCAGCCCCUCCUCACCAAGCUGGAGCCGCAGAUUUCCACCGCCAACGAAUACGCCUGCAAAGGGCUGGAUAAGCUGGAGGAGAAGCUGCCCAUCCUGCAGCAGCCCCCGGAGAGGGUGGUGGCAGGGACCAGGCAGCUGGUGUCGUCCACCGUCAGCGGGGCGGUGGGGCUGGCGCGGGGCGCGGUGCGGGGCGGCGUGGAGAGGACGCGCUCGGCGCUCAGCACCGGCGUGGGCAGCGUGGUGGGCUCCCGAGUGGGCAGGCUGCUGGUCACGGGGGUGGAUGCCGUGCUGGGUAAAUCUGAGGAGCUGGUAGAGCGGUACCUGCCCGUGAGGCUGGAGGAACCCGUGGCAGCGGGAGAGGCGGCAGAGGUGGCAGCAGGAGAGGUGGCAGCAGGAGAGGUGGCAGCAGGAGGGGUGUCAGAGGUGGCAGCAGGAGAGGUGGCAGCAGGAGGGGUGUCAGAGGUGGCAGCGGUGGCGGUGCCGGAGCGGCGGCGGCGGCAGAGCUACUUCGUGCGGGUGGGUUCCCUCUCGGCCAAGCUGCGGCACCGGGCACUGCGGCGCUCGCUGAGAGAGCUGCAACGGGCACGGCACAGUGCCCAGCACGGCCUGGCCCAGCUCCACCGUGUCUUCGAGCUGAUCGAGCAGGGGCGGCAGGGAGCGGAUGGGCCCCUCUCCGGUGCCCGGCAGCAUCUCCACCACAUGUGGCUGGAGUGGAGCCAGCAGGAUGCUGUGCCCAUGGAGGAGAGCCAGGUGGAGGCCCGGACGCUGGCCAUGCUGCGGGGGCUCCUGCACCAGCUCCAGGCUGCCUGUACCCACCUGGCCACCAGUGCCCGGGCCUUCCCCAGCAGCGUGCAGGAGACGGCGGGACACGUCCGGCACGGCGUGGAGGGUGUCCAGGCUUCCCUUGCUCGUGCCCAUUCCCUCCACGACCUGUCAGACCUGGUGCUGGAGCAGAGCCGGGAGACGGUGACGCGGGCACAGUUGGGCAUCGAGGAGCUGCUGGAGUACGUGGGGCAGCACACGCCCCUGCCCUGGCUGGUGGGACCUUUCGCCCCCAUCCUGGUGGAGUAUCCAGAGGAUGUCCCAGUGGAGAUGGCCAAGUGGGAGGGUUGCAUCACCGUCGGGGGGUCUCACGAGGUGCCCCCUCCUCCGCAGCUCUGCGGCCAUUGCUGGGGUGUCUGGACUGUGACCCGGGACCGUGUGGCACUGAACUUCGUCCCGGUUAUUGUCACCACCACGGGGCAGGGCCCGGGGAUCCCCAGGCACAGCGUGGCCACGGCACCCAGCAGGGUGGUACCCCAACCCCCCCCCCCCCAGGACCCGCAGCACCCAUUGGGACAGCCUGACCUCCUGCACUGGGCCAGCCCCGCCAUGGCCACCAGCGAGCCCGGGACGGCGCAGCCCAAGGCGGAGGAGCCGCAGACCAUCGGAACACGGGUGGCCAACCUGCCCCUGGUGAGCUCUGCCUAUGACAUGGUCUCCAGCGCCUACGCCUCCACCAAGCAGAGCCACCCCUACGUCAGGUCCGUCUGCGACGCCGCCGAGAAGGGGGUGAAGACCCUGACGGCAGCAGCGGUCAGUGGGGCCCAGCCCCUCCUCACCAAGCUGGAGCCGCAGAUUUCCACCGCCAACGAAUACGCCUGCAAAGGGCUGGAUAAGCUGGAGGAGAAGCUGCCCAUCCUGCAGCAGCCCCCGGAGAAGCUCAUCUCGGACACCAAGCAGCUGGUGACCUCCACGGUGACAGGGGCCAAGGAUGUCCUGACCAGCACCGUGGCUGGGGCCAAGGACGCGGUGACCAGCCGGGUGACGGGUGUGAUGGACAUGACCAAGGGGGCUGUGCAGGGCAGUGUGGAACUGACCAAGUCAGCUGUGAGCAGCAGUGUCAACACUGUCAUGGGCUCAGCCGUGGGCCAGAUGGUGGUGAGCGGGGUGGGCUCCAUGCUGGAGAAGUCAGAGGAGCUGGUGGACCAUUACCUGCCCAUGACGGAUGAGGAGCUGGCCAAGCUGGCCACGGCCGUGGAGGGCUUUGAACCAGAGCAGCAGAAGCAGCAGCAGAGCUACUUCGUGCGUCUGGGCUCCCUCUCGGCCAAGCUGCAGCACCGAGCCCUCCAGCACUCCCUGGGCAAGCUGCAGAGUGCCCAGCACAGCAGCCAGGACCUGCUGGCCCAGCUCCAGCGCACCCUCGACCUGGUGGAGUACCUCAAGCAGGGUAUGGACCAGAAGCUGCAGGGAGGGCAGGAGAAGCUGCAGCAGAUGUGGCUGGAGUGGAACAAGAAGCAGCCGGGUGGUGGCAAGGACCUGGUGCCACCAGAGCAGGUGGAAUCGGGUACACUGGUCAUGCUGCAGGGCUUGACACAGCAGCUCCAGAGCUCCUGCCAGCCUUUGGUGUCCAGCCUCCAGGGCCUCCCUGCCAGCAUCCAGGAGAAGGCAGGGCAGGUCCGGCAGAACGUGGAGGAGCUGAGGGCAGCCCUGGGCUCCCUCACCUCCCUGCAGGAGGUGACAGGCAGUGUCCUGGCCCGGGCCAGGGCUCAUGCCACCAAAGCUCGCCAGCUGAUGGAUGAGCUGGUGGAGCACAUGGCCCAGAACCCCCCCCUGACCUGGCUGGUGGGACCCUUUGCCCCCUCACGUCAGCGCCCAGUGGAGCAGGAGAUGAAGUAGCACCUUCUGGGGUGGGGUGAUGUUGGUGUCCCACCCCCCAUCCCCCCCAAAGCUGCAAUAGGAGCAUCUUACUAACCCCUGCCUGGCCCAACCUGCCCUUAACUUCAGUGCCUGCCCCGUGUGUAGCUUUGUCCCUUGUCACCUGUGCCAGGGACGUGCAGCACAGUGCCUUGGUUACCCCAAGUGCCCAGUGGGGUCACCUCCAGCCCUGUGUCCCCUCAGCCUUGGUGCCUUCAAGCCCCUGGUCUUGCAGGGUGGGGCGAGGGGGGCAGCUGGUGAAUCAAUAAACUCUUGUUAGUUUUGCA